UCUCAUAAAUUUUAUUUUUAUAACCUAAGUAACGAAUCGCGUUGUUCUUGUUUUGUAUCUUUAUUAUUUGUCACAAUUUUUUCAUUACAUUAACUGGGUAUAUUCUCGUCUGAUUUUAUACAAAUCACUGACGUGAAUUAUAAUGACGACAAUUAUUUGAUUAAUAGAUGUUUUGUUAGUCACCUGUUUAGAAUAAAACGUAAAUAUGUCCAGUUGGGUCGGUUAUGCUGUGUCCGUAAAUUGUGGUGAGCCUCUGGGCUGUUACCAAGGAACAAUUGUGGAAACAGAUGGCAGUACAAUAACGCUAACAAAGGCCUUUAGAAACGGUUUUCCCUAUCCAAAGUCUAAGGUUACGCUUAAUGCCGUUGACAUAAAGGAGUUAAAGAUCAUAGAAGAGUCACAAAGCGCACCUGCUGAACAAACACACAGCACAGUCUCAGUCACUAAGAGUAACAAGAAGGGGCAGCGGGCUACCGUUUGUGAGAAUUUGCAGGCUAAUCCAUCAAAUUUGGUCAAUACUGUGAGCAAUGUGAGCGGUGUGCAGCCGGGGGGCGCGGGGAGUGCCGGGCCAUGCCGGAGCAAGCCCAUAGAUAUACAAGGACCCCGAAACAAUAAGAAUAUUAGUCAUUCAGGCGGAUACGCGGGGGCGGGGUCGGGGGGCGCUGGGGGCGCGGGGGGCGGGGCGAGCAGGGGGCGGGGCGGGGCGCAGGAGAAGGCGCGGCGCCGCAACGAGGCCUGCUUCGGCGACGACGCCGAGUCCGCGCUGAACGACGACUUCGACUUCGAGGGCAACUUGGCGCUCUUCGACAAACAGGCUCUCUGGGAGCAGAUGCGCAGCGCCGCGCGACCAGACGUGGUGCGCGCGGCGGACGAGGCGGGCGCGCGGCUGCGGCACGACGAGAACGUGCUGGCGGGGCCGGGGCCGGGGCCGGGCGCGGGCACGGCGGUGCCGGCGGAGCUGCGCGCGUGCGAGUACCGCACGGAGGCGGGGGCGGCGGUGCCGGGCGUGUCGGGGGAGGCGCGGCGGCGGCUGUGGGCGGGGCUGCGGGGCUGGGCGGGCGGCGCGGGCGAGGCGGCGCUGGUGCUGCUGGCGCGGGCGGCGGCGGACGUGGCGCUGCAGCUGGUGGGGGGCGGGCGGCGACUGGACUGGCGCAACGCGCACCAGGCGCCGGUGUGCGUGGCGGUGGCGGGGCCGCACCGCACGGGCGCCGCGGCCGUGCUGGCGGCGCGGCUGCUGGCCUCGCACGGCGCGCGCGCCUUUGUCUUGCUCGCCGGCGAGUGCGGGCAGUGCGGGGAGGGCGAGCAGUGCGGGGAGGGCGGGCAGUGCGGGGCGGGGGCGGUGCGGCGCGAGGUGCGGGCGCUGGGGGCGGGGUGUGUGCGGCGCGCGGACGAGCUGCCGCGCCCCGACCUGGUGCUGCUGGCGCUGCACGACCCCGAGCGGGCCGCCGACGCCGACGCCGACGCCGAGCAUGCUCAGCCUCGCUACCAGGAGGCGCUGGCGUGGGCGCGGGGCGCGCGCGGGGCGGCGCUGGCGCUGGAGCCGCCUGCGUGCGGGUGGGCGGGGCUGAGCGCGCGGGCGGCGGUGCAGGGCGUGCUGCCGGGCGCGGUGCCGGCGGCGCUGGGGCGGCUGCACCUGGCGGACGUGGCGCCGCCGCCCGCCCUCUUCCGCGACCUCGGCAUCCAGUACCGCACGCCCUUCGCCGCCGGCGCGCUGCUGCCGCUGCACCCCGCCGACUAGCCACCCCCGCCCCCAGCCCGCCGCCGAUAAACACCAUUCAUUUUGUUCGGCUUUAAAAUGUUAAAUGUAAGCAAAAUAUGUGUGUACAUGGCACAUUUAUUAAAUUGUACGGAUGUUCUCCCUAAGCGUUGUGCCAAAUUCUGAUAUGUUUAAAAUUUUAUAGUUGGAGAGGAAGAAAAUGUGACACGUUGUAGAGUGCAUUAGUGUCGGAGGAGGGCGGGGUGUCGGAGGAGGGCGGGGUGUCGGAGGAGGGCGGGGUGUCGGAGGAGGGCGGGGUGUCGGAGGAGGGCGGGGUGUCGUAGUAAUAGCCGUCUUACACUCGUCGCUCCACAUGUUGUAAAUGGCCGCUACACGUUUCACAUUUUUUCUGGUUUCUCCGAGUUAUUUGAAAUGAUUUGACCAUUGUAAAUAUGUAAAUGACACGAACAAAAUCUCCUCGACUGUAAUGUAUAGAAGUGUUGUUUCGACUCAACGCGGACUUUAAAACUAUUAUUAUUGUAAAUGUUAUUGAAUGAAUUUUUAAGUAAAACAUCGUAUUUAAUGAGUACGAAUAAAUGAGGUGCGGAAAGUGUAA